CCCCCAGCCGAGCAAUCCCUGGUCUGUCCCUGGCACAGGAGGAGGAGAAGGAGGAGAAGAAGGACAUACACAAAGGAGAAAAGAAUUGUGCCACCAGAAUGGGGGCUGGAAGCCCUGGUACCAACAUCAUCUGGGCACUUGCUCUGAUCUCCACCCUGUCACUCAUCCACCCCAGCGAGGGGGACAGGACUGGAAUGUCCAGGAGAGACGCAUUCCUAUCAAAGGAGUCUGUGUUGGACAUGGCACCUUCUUCCUAUGAUGAUCAGUAUAAAGGGUGCACUGAGGCCAUGGAGGCCGAGAUUCCUACACUCUUUCAAUACGAGUAUUCCUCAAACAAGGACUUUGCUGAAGCCUGGGAUUCUGCCACCUUCAGAUGGGAAGAGAGAAAGGGAAAGAUGGUGGUUCCCCCUGGAUUUAAGGACCAGUAUGCUAUAGCAAUAUUUGCCUACACCAGCAGUGGUCCUCUCCACAGAAUCUUCAAUGAGGCAGUACGCCAGGCUGGGCAGUCCAGACAGUACUAUCUAACAAACUUCAAUUUUAAGGUCUUACACUACUAUCUGACCAGGGCACUUCAGAUGCUGGAUGCUGUGGAAUCACCAACUUGUCACAAAGUCUUCAGAGGAAUAAAGGGGGUUAGAUUCAAAUCGGAGCCCAGGAAACCAGUCCGUUUUGGCCAAUUCACAUCUUCAUCAAAGGAUGACCAGAGCGCUUUGUCCUUUGGAGAAGACACCUUCUUUAGCAUCCAUACCUGCUACGGGGUCAACAUCAGGAACUUCUCCUUCUUCCCCAGUGAGGAAGAAGUGCUUAUCCCACCCUUUGAGAAAUUCAAAGUCACCGAUUUCAGCACAAUGAGCAGAAAAAACAUCAUCACCCUCCAGUCUGUGGAAAAGUCCAGUGUGUACAAUUGUGAGUUUGUGAAAGAGAGAAGAUGCAAAGCCUCGUGGUGCCCUUUCAGUUCAGCCACAGGCCCUGGGAUGGGAAUCCUGCAGAUCAUUCCAAGUUGUUGGCUGAUACUCCUGUGGGGCCCGCUGGGGGGUCUUCUCUUACCCUGAUUCCCCCAGCUAUUGCCCCAGUGACUGUGACCUCUCAAUGUAUUUCUCCUGCAAAGUCUCCAUUAUAAUCAAUAUCUGCUCUACAACUUGCAAACCCUGAACUCUGUCUCUAAAUAAGGUGAAACCCAACGCCCAUCCCAUAGGAAAUGAUAUAGAGAGAUGGACCAUCCAAUAUAUUUUUAUUAUUUGGACUUAUUGCUCCAUGAGGAUGAAGAGGAUAAAUCAUACACAGGGGCUCAAACUGAUGAAACGCAGAUCAGUGAUGACAGGGGUGGAGGGUGCAGGAAGAGUAAUGGUCUGGGCCUCUUCCCAUGGUUUGGACCCCUGGUUUCCUGCAAGCAACUCCCCGCAAUAGUGUUCCAGCAUCUCGUAGGACACUUCCCAGAGGAGAUGGGGCAGUUAUAGCAGGAAAGAGAGGGACAACUCAACUGAACCCAUUUGGGAUGAACGCCGACUGUGAGCCUGAUCCCCAACAUCAUUGCCCAACCUCACUAAUGCUCUUGCUGAAUGGAAACAACUCCCAGCAACAAUGUUCCAACAUCCACUGGGAACCUUCCUAGAAGCACCGGGUGGGGGCUUCAUAUUACCCCUUGGGUUGGGAAUAAGAUGUUUGACAGGCAGGAGCCCCUUACGUAUGGCCUUAUAUUGAUGUGUGGGAGCUGCUAUAUUGCUUCUCACAUGAGACCAUUUUCACAGAAUCAUUGGAUUUGUUAUUUACAGAUAGCGCUACAUAUAAAUACAAAUUAUAGGGCAAUAUACAUGGUCCAGCCCUACAGUGAUGGUUUAUUAUAUUAUAAUCAGGCCCCUGUGAGUGGAAGCUGCCCUACUGGCCUUUGCCAGAGGCACAAGUGUCAUCAAUAAACUCCCCUACAUCAGUUGUGCCUGUUGGGCAAAUAGCAGGGGGGAGGUUGGUGUAACCACUGUAACAACACAAGGUAUUGGGGUUAUUAUGAGCCCUCUCCCCCUUAUUGCCCCUGGCAAUGCAUCUGGGCUGCUCACAUACCUACAGGAGAUACCCUGAGACACAACUGUGGGGGUACCUGUACCUACACCUGAAGCUUCACCCCAACAUCCCACGGUUUUGGGAGCGCAGGUCUUACUCUGUGUCUAUAGGUUGUGCUGUAUCCACGGCUGAGCUCUAUAAGGUUAUUAUUCAUAAUAUUAUUAAACACAUUCACAUA